AUGACUGAGUGUAAGCCACUUGCUACUCUUGUUUUCUGUUCACAUUCGUCUCCGUCAUCUAAAGAGUCAUUUGACAAUCCGACGAGGUAUCAUAGUUUGCUAGGGGCUCUGCAGUAUUUAACGGUAACCAGGCCUAACUUGUCUUUUGUUGUGAACCAACUUUGCCAGCAUAUGCACUCUCAGACAGUGGAGCAUUGGGGCCUAUUGAAGCGUGCGCUGCGCUAUGUGAAGGAUCAAAAAUCUACGAGUGGUUUUGUUGUGUUCUUGGGCAGUAAUAUGGUGUCAUGGGUGUGUCGCAAGCAACAUAUUGUUGCAUGGUCUUCUACAGAGGCUGAAUACAAGGGUCUUGCAAAUGUUGUUGUUGAGGUUACUUGGAUUGUUUCUUUGCUUCGUGAGCUCGACAAAACAUGUGGAGGUGACUAUCAUUUUGUUUGUGACGAGGUGGCUUCCAGUGAACUGCAGGUUAAUUUUAUCUCCACUAGGGAUAAGUUAGCGGAUAUUUUCACUAAAGCAUUGUCGACUUUGCAAUUCGAAUUUCUUCGAGACAAGCUCAAUGUUGUACCCAGUCACCCUUGUGCUUGA